AUGAUGGGCGGUGGCGGUGGCGGGGAGAACGGUGUGGAGGCAUUGGUGAGAGGAUGCAUAAAGACGGCGAGGGGGCCGUGGAAGGUGGAGAAGAAGACGAAGAGCGGGAGAAGGAGAGGGAGAAGAACAAGGAAAAGGAGCAGAAGCGGCGGGCGGUGGCGAAGAAGAUAUUCCAGGGCCUUCGUGCUUACGGCAACUAUGAGCUUCCCAGCCACGCCGACUCCAACCAUCUCCUCUUUGCUCUUUGCCGAGAAGCCGGCUGGAAUGUUCAACCGGAUGGCACCCUCUCUAAGCGUCAUGUGUCCAUGCAAAAUGAUGGGAGGGCUUCUUCUAUGGCUGAUGGCUACAAAUGUGGAGGAGGGGCUUCACACUCUCCAAAAGCCAAACCAGGCGCCGGGUUAUCGUCGUCCGUUGAGUGUGUUGUUGAUGUCAAUCUUUCUCUUUGAAAAUUAGUUUCUAUAUUUAGUUUAACCAAAACCCCAGAUAGGAUGAUAAUGAUGUAAUUAAUGCGGAGUAGUAUUAGCUAUAUAGCUACUCUGCAUAUAUGUAGCCUUUCUUAUUAUUAAUUUAAACAAUCUUGAAACAAAAUAG